UGUCAAACUGCUGCCACACUGAAGCAAAUCGAAGCCGCAUUGCAAAAAGAAUUAUUUAUUAAUUAUUUAAGCGGCCCGCAGCGAGGCCUUUAAACUGAAAAAGUCAACCGGGUAGGAGCAACAUUCAACCGCAGGCUUCACAGGCAGAAAAAGAUCGAGUCGGUAUCGGGCAGACGGUGAGAGAAGCAGCAAAGGGCGGCCCGGAAAACGCCGGCAAAACAAGAAAAUGACGUCGGCAAAGGAUUUAAUUAAAAUUGACAUAGAAUGGGGCAUGGAGCGCUUGGUGCGGGCCCAACAGGUUGUGGAGCUGCGUCCCUACGACAUCGAGUCGUGGUCCGUGAUGCUUCGCGAGGCCCAGACACGUCCCAUCCACGAGGUGCGCAGUCUGUACGAGUCCCUAGUGAAUGUCUUCCCCACCACGGCUCGCUACUGGAAGCUAUACAUCGAGAUGGAGAUGCGCAGCCGUUACUAUGAGCGUGUGGAGAAGCUAUUCCAGCGUUGUCUGGUCAAGAUCUUGAACAUUGAUCUAUGGAAGCUCUACCUUACCUAUGUGAAGGACACCAAGUCGGGACUGAGCACGCACAAAGAAAAGAUGGCCCAAGCGUAUGACUUUGCUUUGGAGAAGAUCGGCAUGGAUCUGCACUCGUUUAGCAUCUGGCAGGACUACAUCUACUUUCUGCGCGGCGUUGAAGCCGUUGGUAACUAUGCAGAGAACCAAAAGAUCACCGCCGUUCGUCGUGUCUAUCAGAAGGCCGUGGUGACGCCCAUUGUAGGCAUUGAGCAGCUGUGGAAGGACUACAUUGCCUUUGAGCAGAACAUCAAUCCCAUCAUAUCCGAAAAGAUGAGUCUGGAGCGAUCCAAGGACUACAUGAACGCCCGUCGUGUGGCCAAGGAGCUGGAAUAUCACACAAAGGGCCUUAAUAGAAAUUUGCCAGCUGUGCCGCCCACACUUACUCGUGAGGAGAUCAAGCAGGUGGAGCUCUGGAAGCGCUUCAUUACCUACGAGAAGUCCAAUCCUUUGCGCACCGAAGAUACUGCUUUGGUGACGCGCCGCGUCAUGUUCGCCACAGAGCAGUGCCUGCUGGUGCUCACCCAUCAUCCGGCCGUGUGGCAUCAGGCCUCCCAGUUUCUGGACACAAGUGCUCGCGUCCUCACCGAGAAAGGCGAUGUCCAGGCAGCCAAGAUUUUCGCCGAUGAAUGCGCCAAUAUACUGGAACGCUCGAUCAACGGUGUGCUCAAUCGCAAUGCCCUGCUGUACUUUGCCUAUGCUGACUUUGAGGAAGGCCGCCUCAAGUACGAGAAGGUGCACUCCAUGUACAACAAGCUGCUCCAGCUUCCCGAUAUUGAUCCCACGCUGGUCUAUGUUCAGUAUAUGAAGUUUGCCCGCCGUGCCGAGGGCAUUAAAUCCGCUCGUGGCAUCUUCAAGAAGGCCCGCGAGGAUGUCCGUUCUCGUUACCACAUCUUUGUGGCCGCCGCUCUCAUGGAGUACUACUGUUCCAAGGACAAGGAGAUCGCCUUCCGUAUCUUUGAGCUGGGUCUGAAGCGUUUCGGCGGCAGUCCCGAGUAUGUGAUGUGUUAUAUUGACUAUCUGUCGCAUCUGAACGAGGAUAAUAACACACGAGUGCUGUUUGAGCGCGUGCUCAGCUCUGGUGGUCUGUCGCCACACAAGAGUGUUGAGGUGUGGAACCGUUUCCUCGAGUUCGAGUCCAAUAUCGGCGAUCUGUCCAGCAUCGUCAAGGUGGAGCGUCGUCGCAGUGCCAUCUUUGAGAACCUCAAGGAAUACGAGGGCAAGGAGACCGCCCAACUGGUGGAUCGCUACAAGUUCCUGGACCUCUAUCCAUGCACCAGCACGGAGCUCAAGUCCAUAGGCUAUGCUGAGAAUGUGGGUAUUAUACUGAACAAGGUUGGCGGUGGCGCCCACAGUCAAAAUAAUGGGGAUGCCGAGACUGAUGGCGAGGCUGCGCCACCACUGCCGCGUCCCGAUUUCUCGCAAAUGAUUCCGUACAAACCACGGCCCUGCGCUCAUCCCGGUGCUCAUCCUCUGGCCGGCGGUGUCUUCCCCCAGCCACCUGCGCUGGCUGCCCUCUGUGGCAUUCUGCCGCCGCCCAAUUCCUUCCGCGGACCCUUUGUCAGCGUGGAGCUGCUAUUCGACAUCUUUAUGCGUCUCAAUCUGCCCGAAUCUGCACCACAACCGAAUGGCGAUAAUGACCUGACACCGAAGAUCUUCGAUUUGGCCAAAUCCGUGCACUGGAUCGUGGACACCAGCACAUAUACGGGGGUGCAGCACAGUGUAACCGCCGUCCCGCCGCGAAGACGCCGUCUCAUGCCCGGUGGUGAUGAUAGUGACGAUGACCUACAGACCUCUGUGCCGCCCACCCAUGAUAUUUACCGCCUGCGCCAGCUGAAGCGCUUCGCCAAGUCCAACUAAGGAUCUGCAUGAUUUCCAAUAACAUUUUUAUUUUUUGUUUUUCUGUUUUUUUUUUUACAAUGCAUUUAAACAAAAGAAAAAUACACGGAAGAGAAGACAGAAUUUGUAUGCCUUGUGGACUUAAAGCUUAAUUUUUGAGGGCAGAAUGACUUUAAUAACAAUUUAGUUUAUAAAUUUCGUUAGUGUUUAGCGUUUAGUUUGUAAAUACUGGG